AUGGCAGCCCCAUCGAUGAAGGAGAGGCAGGCUUGCUGGGGAGCCCGAGAUGAGUAUUGGAAGUGUUUAGAUGAGCAUCCUGAGGAUGCCUCUCAGUGUAAGAAGCUCCGAAGCUCCUUCGAAUCCAGCUGCCCCCAACAGUGGAUAAAAUAUUUCGAAAGAAGAAGAGACUACUUAAAAUUCAAAGAAAAAUUUGAAGCAGGGCAAUUCCAGCCUUUAGAUCCACAGACUUCAAAAACAAGGGCAAAUUCCUGA